GCCGAACCUUCGUUGGAGCCCACGCGAUAGUCGAAUCAUUCUUUUUAGGGAGGCCAGUUUGACAGUUGCUUCUUCUUCAUUGGACAAGUGGUCUUUUUCCCAUGCUGCGUCGACCAUUGCUGCCUUGCAAGGCUUGGUCGUCCCACUUCCGGUGCUUGAAGAACUCGAGGCUAGCGCCACGACUUGUCAGUGAGGUUGCGCGGGAGAGGCCCUUUGAAUUUGUCAAAGAAGAAGGUCGUGGUCUCAGCGCACGUGCCAAGAGGGACCUCUCGCUGGGAGAUGUCGUGCUAAUUGAACAGCCAGUGCUGGCAGUGGAAAACAAUGGUAAAGGUGACGAGUGGAAGGAAGACCUCCACAGUCGGUACGAGGCUCUGUCAGAGGAGAGGCAAAGCCAGGUGUGGAAUUUACAUGAUGCCUGUCUUCAAAAGCCGGAGAAGUCACUAGAAGGUAUUCUUUUCACCAACUGCAUUGGUCGCAACCUCCCAGUGAGGUUUGAUGCAGCCCUUUUCUUGGAGCUAAGUCGCUUCAACCACUCCUGCAGUCCAAAUCUGGAGCAGACCUGGAAUGCCGAUACCGGAGAGGUGCGACUGGUCGCUGCGGAGCCAGUAAAAGCAGGCGAAGAGCUUUGCACGCACUACGUUGAGCUGCGCCUGGACCGGGCAGAACGCCGGCAGAGGUGUGAAUGCCCAGCCUGUGCUCAGCCCAGCGAAGAAAGCGACAAACGAAGGACGGAGAUCAAACGUUUGGCGGAGUCGAUCGAAAAAGAUCGGCAAGAUCGGCUGAAGAACAUGGAGCGUGGCGAACGGUCCGUGAAGAGAGUUCUGAAGCUGUUGGACAAGGAAGGACUCCACCUGUUAAGCUGGCGAAAGACGCACUGCUUGGCAGGCAUGGAAUUUGCCCUCCGUCAAGGUGAUCUCGCAAAAAGUAUUCAAUGGGCUCGGAAGGGCCAUCAAUACGCAAGGCUAGCACAUGGUCCAGAUCACCGCGAUACGAAGAUGCUGCUUCAACUCAUGGAGGACCCCAGCAGCCAUCCCGACUUCCAGUUUCGUACGGAUGAGAUGAAAGACUGGACAGCAUACGUUGUGGUGAUGAGCAUCGCUUUCGUUGUCUUCACUGUUCUUUAUAUUUGACACGAAAAAGGCGUUUGAUGAGAAAGCUCAAGCUUGCCUCAAUUCAAGCUCAGCCAGCUUCACUCGAACUGACAUUUGGCUCAGGGAGGCUUGCUGGCCACGCAUACUGUAGCGAUAUCAGCGG